GAACCUUCACCAACGAAUAGUGCGCCGCGUGGUUGCGCUCAUCAAUCGCGAGAAAGCAGGUAUUAUUCUGAGCACGUCGCGUACGACGAGAACUAUCAGGAUCUAACAGAGGGAGAAGAGACCUCUCACCUUUACGGCGAAGAGCAAUCGAGCUGGAUGUCUGGAGUUGUCGGGCAUCGUUCUAGAAACACGGAGGUAGCGAAGGGGGACUGCGACAGCAACGCAGUAGAAGAAGCCGUGAUCGCCACGCAGGAGGACAAUAGAAUGCAACAUCGUCAAGAAGAGCCAACAUCUUCGUGCUCCGGUAUUGGAGGCGGAGGAGGUGAUACGACUUCGACUCCUUUCGACAUUGAGAAAAAGGUCGCGCAUACGCAGCCGACGAAUCACCGAAAGCCAAAUGACGGCCCUUGUAAGGCUCAGCCGCGUUCUUCCGAUGCGACUACAACUGCUGGCCCAAAUGCUUCACCCGUUACCGAAAUUUACGACGCAUUGACGUAGAGUAGAACAGCUUAGGCUCCUUACGCUGAUAAUGGAUACACUACAGACUCACUUACUAAUCAUACCUGCGAAUCUCGUGUCAAAUCAAAUUCUAGUUCUACGGAUACAGAAGAUCAACAACUCACAAAUUUAGCGUGGCUCUAAGAAGAAUCCAGGCGAAGUUCUUCCAAUAGACUGCAGAGCGAGCGCAAAAUGCAAGGCAAUCAUUUGCCACCUGCCUCGCCCCUUUCGGGGGGUCAGUAUCACUCUCCGGGAGGAUCCGACUUAGAUGUGAGUGAGGAAAUAGAAGGAAAAGCAGUGCGGGAUCACUUCCAAAGCCUCCGAGUAUCGGGCUCAGAAACCACUGGAGAACAGUGGCAGAUGAAGCCGUCCCAGCAAGAGCUCUUUGAAGGAAAGCUCUAUGGCUAUGCUAAUCCGGUGGCAGCCUCGGGUACUUCACUGUUUAAAAACUCAAUAAAGAUUUCCCGUUUUUCACUACGGAUGGAGCGCCUGCUCCGCCCUGCCCCGGCGUGUGUACACACCGGAGGAACGUGGGCGGUAAGAACUACAACGAUCUAAAUAUACAGGCAACCCAUGGAUUGAUUCUCCACAACAUCAAAAACAGGAACAAGCAAUGGCGGGAAAGAGAACCAGAAACCGGCGUUGAGGGUUCUUAAACGAGCAGAUGCGGAUGGUGUGGAGACCCGCCAGGAUCUUCAUCAAGGAAGCGGAGGCAUCUUCAGGAGGUACACAAUAUAGAGAACGUCGUUGUCGCUUUUAAACUUCCGCAAUGAUCGGGUUGUGAAAUAUGACAUUCGCACGACUUACACUGUACUUGCGUUCUAUAUUCUCUUACUAGAAGCAAAAAAGGCUUUCACGCUAAUCUUGAUCGAAAAAACAGCACUCAACAUGCGAGUCCUUCCAGUGCGGCAAGAAAUACAAGUAAUAUGCAUUCGCACGGAAGCCGCCCAACCUUCUCACCUACGUCUCAGCAUAGCACGAGUGGUGAGUGGGGAUAUCAGCGGCAGCAGGCAGGGAUACAAAGAAGCCCCACGUACCCCACCGGUGUAAGCAGGAGCAACCAGCAAGGCAGCCAGCACGAUCAAAAGCAACACUCGCGAACCAUCACAAGCAGCAGCGCACCCGCCGUUGGUUUUACCAGCUUCGAGAAUAAUAGAGUAGCAGCGUAUAACGAUUCCCCGAAUGUUGACCUUGCCAGCUCCAACACCGCAGGUCGAUCAUCGCUUGAUCGUGAAAACGAAAAGCAAAUAAUGACUGCGGGGAACACGGGACCUUCAUCUUCUAUUCAACACCGAGAUCAAGAACGAGGUGCAGUCAGAGAGUUAUCAGCCAGCACAUCUUCAUCGAACAGUAAGAGUAAGACAAUACAGCGGGCGGACCUGGAAAUUACUGCUGUAACUUUGUUCGAUACCGCGACCAAGGAUAUGCGUCGCAACUACUUUUUAUUUCUCUUGGGGAGCACGCCAGUCGACCUAAUUCAAGACCUGAUUCGUUUUCGUGCGGGAGCGGGUGCUCGUCGCGCAGCUAAUACAAUCGAUCGCGCGGGUAUGGCGUCUGACAGCUGGAGAGACGUGGCGGCAGCUGCUCAAGCUCAACAACAGGAACAUCCGUCAAAAGGAGCUGCAUCGCAAAAAGGUUUCCCAGGCGGCGCGCACCCUCAGGCUGCCGUGAAUCUCCACCAAAGCCAAACGCAAACUUCCUUGGCAAGAAGUAAUUAUGUUUUCUCCAAGGGCAACCCAUACACCGCUGGCGCUAGUUACCAGGCUGCUCAGAAUAAGGGCUUCCAGCAGAAUACAUCUUCGAAGGGGAGUCACUAUUACAACUCGUCCAGCGUGGUUGUAGCAGCAGCACAAGGCAACAAGGGCUACAAGCCGGGGCUUCGCCAGCGAUUCCUUCAGCCCUACAGCAACAAUCAGCACGCAAGUGGCACUGGUACGACAUCAGCCGGUCUGAUCGGGCAGCAUCAUCAGCAGGCUCAUAAAGGAAGCCAUUUCGGACCCGCUAGUUGGAAUUCUUUUGGUCCCCGCGGUAGCACUGCCCGUGGCGUUCAGCAAGGCUUUUCGGGACCGUUUGUGUACCAGCAAGGGCAGGGUUCCUCCGCCUAUAGCCACACAUCGGUGAUAAAGCCGCGGCUUGGAGAUUCUCCUUCGGGUGGACGGAUCAUCGCUCCGGGACAAUUGCGAGAGAACAUCUUUCUUAAGGCCUGUUCUGAAAAUGCAUCAUCCUGCUCUAACACAGCUAUCUUGGAAGAGUGUUUUUGCAGUAAGGAGCAAACAUUCACGACAAGAUGCACAAGAUACAUUUUUUCGGGGAGAUCUAAGACCUCCGAUGCUGUACUUGAAGAGGCUUACGGCAGCUUCAUAGAGCGGCGAAAUGCAAGAACUCGCGAGCAUCGUCGAAGGGUGCAGGAAGAAAAUCAAAAGUAUAAAAGACUUCGAGUCUGAUUUAUAUUUACUGAGGCGAUGAUGAUCUUUCAUGUUCAUCUUCUUUUUCGUUGACUUCUACCACACAAACGUAUUCAAGCAGUCGACAACGAUGACUACAAUUGUUUUCCUACACCCAAAUACCUCUGAUUGGUAUCUUCAGGUUAUUCCCCCCGUCGCGACUAGCCCGUUUACCUCGAAUCAGGGACUUUCCGCCUGACUCGACUGGUCCGGGUGUCUCAAUCAUGUUGCGCAACAUUCCCAACCGGUAUUUCCUUGGAGUUUUGAUUGACGGCAUCUUGUGCAAACUGAUUCAUAAACACGCACGGCGACUUCUCGUACACGAAAUCUUCUUGUUGCUUUAAAUUAAUGAAUACAUAGGCAUGACAACAUGACCUCGACUCUAUAAGAUGACCGCUCCGCGUUUACCCUAUAUUCAUUUUCGUAGUAUCUAGAAGAUGAAUUUGAAAAUUAGUGCACACGGACCCUCAAACCGAGAAGGAAUGCAAGUCUCCUGAAGGAAGAUGUGCUCUUAUUUCCUUCCCGACAUUUUUACUUCGUUCUCACGAAAUGAAAAAGAAACAACCUCUACAGCCUUUCGCCGAAUCUAUUGCUGAAUUUUCUGUUUGCAAACGAUACUGUGCGUGCCGACCCAGCCUUUGCGAGACUAUUCGAGGGACCAAGUUUGGUCGGGUGUUGGGCAUUGGGGGAUGGGUACUAGCUCUUGAUGAUUCUGUACGGCAAUAUCUAACAGACUUGUUACUCCUAGUUGACCAACAAUGGGUUAUGCCAGUCGUUAGUCAGUUAUAGACUUGAAGUUCAAGGUAUCUAUAAUAGAGCAGUUUAUAAGGGUGCCAGGUCUGGGAUGGCAUGGAUCGAAUGGCACGGAUGGGGGGGGCGCAAUCCGUGACCGCGAUCGACCUCGCCAUUCGUCCCAUUCGUGGACCAAAUAGACCUUCGAGAGCGGGGCGCCCUUCGGGCGCCCUGCGUUGCUCCCUCCACUAGGUUGCCAGUUCCUGCUCGACGCUCUAUGCCGACCGCCGAGAACCCCGCAGGCCCUUCACUCAGCCAAACGCACACCCCUUACACAGUUCCACUAGAUACCAAGGCCGCCUCCCCGCUACGGGCGGGGCGCCAUGUUUUGGCGCCACCUCUUCCCUCCUUCGUCGUCAUGGCUACCGCAAGGCACGCGGCUACGCCUAUUGCUAAGCUGGACCCCGAUGCCGUCCCGGUGGUCUCGUAGCAUUUUCUUCCCGGAAUUCCGUGGGGGUUACGCAAAUCCGUCCGAAUUUGUAUGACCCCACGGAAUUCCGGGAAAAAACGAGGCCCACGCGGCGCCUUGCGUGAAGUUCUGCACUUCUCAGAAGCGGCUUCCGCUGUUUCCCUAGCCCGCUCCCUUGCCAUUUUCAAAACGGUAGAGGAGCCUGCCAGGGGCUCGCGCCUCCCUCUCCUCGCUCGCCGCCGGCUUUGUCGACCGGUGUGGCUUCUCUCAUGGGCAGAAUCAGUUACGCACGACGCACAUUACAUACUCGACAAGCGGAGGAGACCAGGGGCGCCAGCUAGCGGAACCCUGUCAACCUGUGCCAUUCGUGCCAUUCGUGACACAUUUGGGGCGUGUUGGGGUGUCCCAUUCGUGCCAUUCGUCCCAUGCGCCAUUCGUGCUAUAAACUGCUCUACUAUAAUAAUGAUGAAGGGGAGGAUGAAGUCGAUGUGGUAGUGCAAUAUCACAAAUGUAGGCCCGGCGAUAGCGACGUUGAGGAUAUGGGCCUUGAGGAACUCGUUCCUUCGCGAUCUGAGUUGAGAAAGAAGGAAAAGCGCGUUUCUCGCACUAAAUCGGACGCAGACGCGGCAAUAUCGCAGGAGGACCAGGUAUCUGAUCGAUCUAAGGAUGUAAAUAAUAAAAAGAAACACAAAGCGGAAAAGCAUCUUCUCGUUGGUUUCGUCAAGAAAGCAGCAGUUACUCUGCUGGUGACCACUUUUUUGUCUUGAUUCAGCUGCAUGCUUCACCUAUUGAGAUUAAGUUAAUGGUCGCAAUGCAAUAAACACGAACUACAGGAGGACGGUAGCGAGAAAGGGAGCGAUAGUGGCGAUGAAUAUGAGGUGAUGGAGAAUCCGAAGACGCAGGCAGACUAUGAAGACUU